ACUGCUUUUUUGAUGGUGGUGGGGGUGUCCAAGGAGGGGGGUGAUCCUGGCAGAUGCGGUUCUGCAGCAGCAGGGGUCGCUCGCCACCCCUCAGGAAACUGCAGAAGAAGAGACGAGCAUGGGGAUGAAGCCACAACAAAGAGGUUCAAACGGAUUCUGGCUGAGGAGACAGCAGGAGCCCAGGAUGAUCCUGAGGGUGUGGAAGGAGAAAGAGCAGUCUCCAUGGAAAGCCCUAAUACUCCAGUCUACUGUGUCUGCAGGAGACCAGACAUCAACUGUUUCAUGAUAGGGUGCGACAGUUGCUCGGAGUGGUUUCAUGGUGACUGCAUUGGCGUAUCAGAGAGGGCAGCAAAAUCUAUCAGAGUCUGGUUCUGCCUGUCCUGCAGAGAGAAAGACUCGUCUCUGGAGCUCAAAUACCGGCAGAAGAAGUGUAAAGAGUGGGAUGAUGGAGAGUUGGAGCCAAACAAAAGUAGCAAGUCUCAGAGAGACGGGAGCUUCGUCCCCCAGCAGAAGAUGGACAAAAGGCGAAGCUCACAGAUCAAGCGUUCAGCCCGCAUGUGCGGCGAGUGCGACGCCUGCCUAAGAACCGAAGACUGCACUAUGUGUGACUUCUGCAAGGACAUGAAGAAGUUUGGUGGGCCCAACAAAAUUCGUCAGAAGUGCAGACUCCGGCAGUGUGAGGUCCGAGCUCGGAAGAUGCUUCGAGUUAAAGAUGAGGAGAGCUUCUGCAGCAUCAGCAGGGGGCGUGGUCUCCCCGGGAAAGGGACAGGGCAACAUAUGGAGGAAGAUGAAGAAGAGGACGCUUUCAGUGAGAGUGAGCUGGAGCUGUAUGAACAGUACAAGGCGGCUGGCUACAGAGACCUGGUGUGGCACAGUGAAGAAGAGGAGGAGGAGGGUGUUCAAUUAGAUUCUCUAAGGAAGAAAGCGGUAAAGGUCAAACAUGUGAAGAGACGGGACAAGAAGCCAGAAAAGAAGAAAUCUGUUUCUGUCCCAAAGGAGGAGUCAAAGCCCCGACGUCACAAAGUGAAGCAGCGGCACAAGGAGCGUGUGCGCCACAGUGAGCGAGCAGAUGAGAGUGGAGCUAAAGAGGUCGGGGGGGUUCUACGACAGUGUCUGGGUCCAGGCUGCACGGAGCUGGCCAGGAGCAUGUCCAAGUACUGUUCAGAAGACUGUGGUAUGAAGCUUGCCGCAAAUCGGAUCUACGAGAUCCUUCCCCAGAGGAUUCAGCAGUGGCAGCAGAGCCCUUGUGUUGCUGAAGAGAUGGGCCGCCGGCAGCUAGAACGUAUCCGGAGGGAGCAGCAGGCAGCUAGGCUCCGCCUCACACAGAUGGAAAAACGCUUCCACGAUCUUGAAGGCAUCAUAGCUACGGCCAAGCUGCAGCAGGUCCAGGAACACGAGGAGGUAACUGAAGGAGAUGGUGACGACACAGACCUCCAGAUAUUCUGUGUGUCCUGCAGUCAUCCUGUUAACCCAAAGGUGGCACUGCGACACAUGGAGAGAUGCUACACUAAGUUCGAGAGCCAGACUUCCUUUGGUUCCAUGUAUCCUACCCGCAUUGAGGGUGCCACCAGGUUGUUUUGUGAUGUCUACAACCCUCAAAGUAAAACGUAUUGUAAACGGCUGCAGGUCCUUUGUCCAGAACAUUCCAGAGAUCCAAAGAUCCAAUUAGAUGAAGUAUGUGGCUUUCCUUUGGUCAAAGACGUGUUUGAGCCCACUGGAGAGUUCUGCCGGGUUUCUAAAAGGAAGUGCAACAAGCAUUACUGCUGGGAGAAACUGCGGCGGGCUGAAGUGGACCUUGAGAGAGUCAGAGUGUGGUAUAAGCUGGAUGAGCUCUUUGAGCAGGAGAGAAAUCUGAGGACAGCCAUGACCAAUCGAGCAGGUUUGUUGGCUUUGAUGCUUCACCAGACCAUCCAGCACGACCCGAUUACUACCAACCUGCGCUCGGGCAAAGACCGGUAGAUGAGCAAGUCCCAAAGAUGCACCAACCUUCUUCAAGCCUCCGGCAUGUAGUAGUUGUAGUAAGACUGUAAUUAAAUUAGUUUUAGUUAACCAAGUUAACAAGGAGUUUCUUUCACCAUCUCCAAUAAAAUUUUGGAAAAAUGCUAGGUCUGGAACAGGAUCUAAAUCUACACUUGUGUCUCAAUCUGGGUGUAGAUCUUUAUUUGUGAUGGUUUUGUUGUGACUUAGCUUCAGAGCUCAAUUUGUUCUGAAUUAAAAUAUGGGAAUUAGAUUUUGGUCUUAGAUCUAAAUAUAAGGAUUACCCCAGCAUGCAGAAAAAUCGCAUCCUGUGUUCUUUCAGAAUAAGUGUUGCGACACCGAAAAGACAAGGCACCCAAACUGGGCAGCACCUUUGACUGGACUUGUCAUUGGACCUGGGUAAUUGGCUGAUCAACAACAGUGACACAGGGUUGUCACUACGCUGUUAACAAAAUUAAAUAUUCUAAGAUGUUGCAAACCUGUUUUAAGAUCUUGUCAGUUUCUGUUUCCAAAUAAAUCCCUGAGUUCGUGUUACCAUA